AACCUAGUUUCGACAACUACAACCAGUUAUAAAAUUCUAUUAUCUCCGUUAGUAGCUUGCUAGUUCCCUUAGGAAAAAAUGACUGAAGUCGUAGCCAACUACAACAUCAAUGUGAACGAAUUCGCAGCCAACAUGGCUGUGGAGGGAUUCCAAUCAGCUGAAGUGGAAGCUAUAAUGAAGGCAGUUGGAGAAAACAAGACAUGGAACGCAAUUGAAGGACUCAGUGACACGAAUGCCAACCUCCGAGGUUUAUGUGGUACUACGACUGCACAAAAUGUGGACAAGACAGUCCCUCCUGAUGUUCAAGAGAUGGCAGAAUUUGCAGUGGCAGAGUACAACAGGAUAGCUGGGACCAAUCUGGUUUUGAUAAAAGUGCUUCGCUAUGUCAAGCGGGUUGUACGUUUUGGCACUUUGUACGGGCUUCACAUGUUAACUCAGGAUGACAAGGGCACAUAUAAAGAUCAAGCACUAACCUUGAAAUUGAACAAUAAUGGCAAGAAGCUACUCCUGUGGUACAAACAUAAUGAACAUUAAUCAACAGCUGCUCAUGAAUUGAGAAUGAUCAACGUACUUUGCUAAGUACUUUAAUUAUCUGGUGUCUGUAUGUGGUUUGAGUAUUAUGUGUGUAUGUUCAAAAGGAUGGAUGUACCGCUGAGGCACAUCUCCCUAGUACUGUACUGAAUCUCGAAGGUGCGCUUGUACCAAGAAUGCACCAUUACAUAAAUAAAACCAGCUGUGUGUGUUUGAGUUCAUAUAUUA